AUGAAUGCCCCAGAGGGUCUACAGAUACCACCAGCGCUCUGGCAGGAGGCACGGAAUGCCGAGGGCAGAGUUUACUACUACAAUGUUCAAACCAAAGCCACCCAAUGGACGAAACCAUUGGAAUUAAUGACUCCAGUGGAGGUGAGUAUUCUUUUCCUUGUACCACUCUCUUUGAACACUACUGACAGUUCUCCAGCGCGCUUUGGCAAAUCAGCCAUGGAAAGAAUAUACGGCGGCGGUGCUCCGACCUUUGUUGCUGGUGGUGUAGGCGCAUUCCCUACCUACCAAACUCCAGCUCACGAUCGUGACGAACAUGACCGAAGCGCAAACGAUCGACGACACGGAUAUGGAGGUGGCAUUGACAUCAACGGUGCUAACGCAAUAGCUGCAGCAAAUCAGCAGUCUGACUCCGGUUUUGCUUCUUUUGAGGAGGCAGAGGCUACUUUCAUGAGACUCCUUCGACGCAGCAAUGUUCAACCAGACUGGUCUUGGGAGCAAGUUAUGCGUACCAUCAUCAAGGACCCUCAAUACCGUUCACUUAAGGAUCCCAGAGACCGAAAGGCCGCAUUUGACAAAUACGUUCUCGAAGUUCGCGCGCAAGAAAAGGACAAGGCGAAGGAGAGAUUUGCUAAAUUGAGAGCAGAUUUCGGUACCAUGCUGAAGAGCCACCCUGAAAUCAAGCAUUAUACCCACUGGAAAACAAUUCGACCUAUUAUCGAAGGUGAAACUAUUUUUCGAUCCACAGAUGAUGAAGGUGAACGCAGGCAGCUGUUCGAGGAGUAUAAAUCGGAGCUGAAAAAGGAGCACGCGGAGAAGCAAGCCAAUGCGCGUAAAUCUGCGAGGGAUGACCUAGUUGAUAUUUUGAAAACCCUGAAUCUGGAGCCUUACACUCGCUGGUCAGAAGCACAGGAGAUAAUUCAGUCUAAUGAAAAAAUCCAAGGGGACGAAAAGUUUAAGGCUUUGACCAAAUCGGAUAUUCUAACCGCAUUUGAGAAUCAUAUCAAGUCUCUUGAACGGGUGUUCAACGACGUUAGACAACAGCAAAAGGCCAGUAAGACUAGAAGAGAACGUCAAGCAAGAGAUGCUUUUAUAUCUUUGCUACAAGAGCUUAGGUCUCAAGGCAAGAUCAAAGCGGGUAGCAAAUGGAUGAAUAUCUACCCAUUAAUUGAAGAAGAUCCAAGAUAUACGGCAAUGCUUGGACAGUCUGGGUCUAGCCCUCUAGAUUUAUUCUGGGACGUGGUUGAAGAGGAAGAACGUGCUAUCCGGGGGCCAAGAAAUGAUGUCCUGGAUGUUCUUGAUGAUAAACGGUUUGAGACAACGUUGAAAACUACGUUUGAUGAGUUUAAAUCUGUGAUGAGAACAGAUCGUCGUACUGCUACAAUUGACCAAGACACUCUCCAGCUCAUAUUUGAUCGUUUACAAGAGAAGCUCCUUCGACGUACAGAAGAUGAGAAGCAUGCAGCUAAUCGGCAACAGCGGCGCGCGAUCGACCUUCUACGAUCACGCAUCAAGCACCUUGAACCCCCGGUCCAGGCAAAUGAUACCUGGGAAGAUGUAAAACCCAGAAUCGAAAAGAUGGAGGAAUACCGAGCAGUAGAAUCGGAGGACGCACGCCGCUCGGCAUUCGAAAAAGUUGUGCGCCGUUUGAAGGAAAAGGAGGAGGAUGCUGAACGUGAUCGCGAAGCUCGCGGACGGGACCGCCCAUCACGCCGCGACCACUACGACCGCGUAGACCGAGAUGACCGCAAUGGACAGAGGUGGUCAGGCUCUGGACGUCGUAGCCGUACCCCUGAACCAGAUGCGUACGAAGCGGAUCGCCGCAAAGCCCAAGCAGACCGGGAAAGAUCAUAUCGCAAAGCCAGCGGAUUUUCAUCACCGCCUAGGCAUCAUGACCGUGACCGUAGAGACCGGGACCGCGAUCGUGAAAGGGAUCGGGACAGAGGUCGUGAUCGUGAUAGAAGUAUCUCUCGGCAUCGUCGAGAUCGCCGUAUCCGAGAAGAUGAACGAGAUAGAUUAUACCAUAGUCGCGCUGACCCUCGAACCAGCCGCGACGAACUGGAUUAUGGAGGCGGUGAUACUGAUACCGCUGCACGCAGUGUGACUAGUGAGCGCCGCAGACGCCGUGAUAGUGAUACGGAGAGCGUUGGCAGCCGGUCCGCAAAACGGUACAGGCGUGAACUCGAUCGUCUAAGUGGUACGAAUGGUGGGAGACGGGGCAAAGAGAAGGAAGAGAAGGCAGCACCUGCGGUGGAAGAGAAGGCAGUUCAUUCUGGCAGUGAGGAAGGGGAGAUUGAGGAAGACUAG